UAUCUCUCACGCUUCAUUUCCUCAUCCAAAACCUGAUAAACCUCCGAACCUGCAAAACCUGAAAACGCCAACAGCCAUGAGAGCAACCGCUCUCUUCCUCUCCCCACCACCACUACUCUCCACACCUACCCCUCUCCUCCUCCUCCACUCACUGCACCCACUCCCCUUCCGCUCCCUCAAACCCAAUCCCCUCCGCAAACACCCCCUUACGCUAUCCCCCUCCCCAACCACCCCCUCCUUCCUCGUCCGCGCCGACGACGGCGACGGCGACAGCGCAGGCCCCGACGACUACGACAUGGACGACGAAGAGCUCGAGGAAGUCGACAACAAGAAGGACUUCGACAUUCAGUACGAUACCCUAGCUGCCGCUGCAGCUGCCGCCGCCGCCGCCGCCAAUGGCGAAGAGGACAUCGCCAUGGUGCAGAGCAAGAGCUUCGUGUUCACGCAAGGUUGGGACUCGGAGAUGGUGGUGGAUUAUCGGAUUAACGAAGACGAAUUUCACAAGAUUAGCUUGCUGGACUGCGAUUUCUUCAUCAGAAAACCUCCCGAUCCCGAUAAUGACGUCUAUGACUUCAGAGAGAUGUAUGUUACUCCUCCGGACACAGAUGUUUAUGCGAUUCCCAGGGUUCUUGCUCCAAUGCCUCAGAAGUACAUUCGAUGUGCGAAGAGUGACUUUAGCUGCUACAAUGUAACGGAACCACCCAUUGAUGCUCCUAGAGAUCCAUUGUACAAGUCUGAACGGGACGUGUUGAAGGUUUACUUGACAAAGCACUACAGGAACCGGAGGUUGGGGGACCCUGAUUUUUUGCUGGAUUUUGAGGAGAUUUAUGUAAUUGACUCCAAAACAAAGUCCAUUAGCAGAGCUAAAGUUUUGGUCAGUGUUCUGGGGGGAAGAAGCAGAGAUAGAAGACAUGAUCUGCUUGUAAUACGUGAUAAUGGAAACUCCUUCAGAAUAGUUCACGGGAGUGAAAAAGAUGAUCCCACAACAGUGAUAGAGAGGGAAGAGUGGAAUAAGACCAGACAGGACAUGGAGAGGCAUCUUAGCAAGCUACGAGAUUUCAAUGUUUCCAAUUGGUUCUAGUUCUUCAUACAAGUUUGCAGAUAACAUCAUGAAGGCACAUAUGCAACAAAACUCAGACUCCCAUUGUGUCACUAUGUGCGAAUACAUCAGAGUUCGACUUUCAAGAUACACUAGCUAUCCGGAUUAGCUUAAGUCGAGUCAAUGCUCAAUAUCAGAAGGUCCUCGUUGCUGAUGUUAUGGCGAGCAUAUUGUGCUUUCGUUUUUGCGAAGUAUUGAGCUGAUAUUGAAUAUCGAAGUUCCUUGAUGGUUAUGUGGGUAAGGCACUUUGUGUUCAGCUUCCAUUUUGCCAAAUAUGUGUAGGAACUUAGGAGCUUGAUCUCUAGUUUGUAGAAUGUUGAAAUUUUUGUAACGGUAGAAUACUUUUUGAUCCCAAGCCUUUGCUCCGAUUCUCAUUUUAGUCA